AUGCCGAAAGAGACGACCAAAUCAACCAAGCGCAAGGCCGCCGACAAGGCCGAGAAGGCCCCAAAGGCGAAAGCCAAGAAGGACCCUAAGGCGCCGAAGCGUGCAUUGUCUGCGUAUAUGUUCUUUAGUCAAGACUGGAGGGAGAGAAUCAAAGCUGAGAAUCCCGACGCCGGUUUCGGUGAAAUUGGAAAGCUUCUGGGCGCGAAGUGGAAGGAGCUCGACGAGUCGGAGAAGAAGCCUUAUAUUGAGCAAGCGGCGAGAGACAAAGCACGUGCAGAGAAGGAAAAGACCGACUACGACGGCCAGAAGGCGGACAGCGCUGGUAGCGGCGACGGGGACGAUGAUGACGAGUGA